CAACGAAUAACUUUAAAUGACAGCUGAACGUCCACAGCAGCAAAGUUGUAGGAAGACAACCUGUUUGAAAUAUCACAGCUAUGGCGUUACCGUUUCUACCCGGGAAUUCUCCCAGUAAACAGCUAGGCAAAGAGAGAUUCCACAAAUCCCAACAUUUCGGUUGUUCCAAUGGAGUCCCUUUGUUUGUGGGAUCUGCAAAGCCAGGCAUUGGAGGAGAGCUGUUAGCCGGCCAGGAGAUCAAACCCAAGUAUUCAGUCUACCCCAGAGGACAGGGCAGCUACGUACCAUCAUGGGUAGCCUUUGACAAACAGGCUCUGUGUUUUGAAGCGUACUUUCAGGAAGCUGUGCCUCAGGCGCGAGAUGAGACGUACAGAAUCAGGAAGUGUAAGAUCUACUUCUACCUGGAAGAUGAUACCAUACAGGUGGUGGAGCCAGAGUACAAGAACAGUGGCAUCCCUCAAGGUGUCGGUGACAGAAAAAUGUCUCUUAUUUUUCAUGUACUGCAUAAAUGA